AUGUCCAUCCUAUUACCUCUCUACCUCAGCGACUGCGAAAGUACCAGGGUUCCAACCUGCAUGGAAAGUCCAACACCGGCCGUGCCGAGGGAUCGCUCAACUCCUGGUCUAAAGGUCCUCGACAAUCUACAGCACCUCCCUCUGCCAGGAACCGCCAGCGAACCAGACAUUAUCAUCACCAUCAUCACAAUUAUUAUCAUUGUCAUCAUUGUCAGUCGCAUCUCUUCCAUCGCGCACGUCCACCGUCACAUCAAUCUUACUCUCUUCUCCCCGCUUUCUAUCUGCGACUGGUUCGGAUCGUCGCUCGCUCCAUGCUGGGUGUACACGCAUCGUGGUCUGAGUAUCCCACCUCCUCCACCUCUCGUCCCACCUCUCCCAUCGCUCGUGAUCGUCCACCCCUCCUUCCUCUUCCUAAUCCUCGCAGCACGCGGCUAG